AUGAAGAAGAUCUCCGAAGGAAGACUUGCCAUUCGCAGUAAUCUUUACGUUCUCCAUGAUACUUCUUUCCCAGACAUGAAUGAAGUUUUGGGUCUUGUUUUGUAUGGUGGAUUCUUUUUGGGUUCAAAUUAUCAACUAUCAACUAUCUUGAAACAUCUGACCAAUAUUACCACUUCUAUUGAAGUUAACCCACAUGGUUUCACUACUUACUUCCAUUUCUCUCCUAAUGAGUACUUCACAAACGCUGUAUUGAAGAUUAUUGAAGAAGAAGAUAUUUUAUGGAAAUUAAGUCUAAUGCAGAGGAUCAUUCUGGUUUUGACACUGGACGCACGAACUGUUUGCAGCGACACGAUCCAGUGGAAUGAAGCCAGAAUUAUCACUAAAAACUUUGUGAAAAAGAAUCUGAAGAAGGGGCCAACGCUGGGAAAGUUUAUGACAAAAACGUCAAGACCAAUCGCUUUUUCAACGUCUUUGAUACGAUUGAGCCUCCAACCAAGGAUCUAA